AUGUCUAGCCAAAAGGAGCCUCAACUCGCCCAGUCUCCAGCUUCUCAACAGCCUUAUGCAACUACUGAGCUCAACAAAGGCAUGACAUCGUCAACGCUCGUGGAGACGGUGUCCAUCAACUACGAGGACUUUACGGAGGGAUUCCUCACCUGCGGGACGUGCCUCUACACCUACGACAGUGACGAGCACACGCCGAAGCUGUUGCCCUGUUCGCACACCCUCUGUCGAGUAUGUCUGCAGAGCAUUGCCGCCAAUGCCGGUGCCCGAGACCCGACGACCAACUGCUUCCGCUGUCCCAUCUGCCGUGAGCUGAUUCAGCUGCCUCGAGGCGGCGUCAUGGGCUUUCCGCCCUCCUUUCUGGUCAACCAGCUGCUGGAUCUGAUGGCCGGACAGCGCCGGGAGGUGGUGCCCAAGUGUUCCAGUCACGUCAACCAAGAGCUUCUAUUCUGUGAAUCCUGUGAUUUUGUAUUUUGCAGUCAGUGUACGGGGGGAAAGCACGGCAAUCCUAUCAACAACAAUGGAGUCGCCUGCGAACACAACGUGAUACCGUUUUCCAUUGCUAUAAAACGGAUGAGUGAAAUUCUCCUGUACAAGGGCCAGCAAUGCAUCAGCAAACUUAACGAGUCGGCUCAAAAUGUACUUAAUGAAAUGGCAAAGCUGGACCAGAACUCUGAGCUUGCCUUCGAGGACAUUAAUCGAACCUUUCAGGAGAUUAUCAACGUCGUUGAUCAGCGGCGCCAGGAGUUACUUAACAGCGCCAAGAAGAUUCGCGAGGACAAGCGGGCAGUGCUGCGAGAGCAGCUGAACACCAUUGAAAUUGAAAAGUCCAAGCUGGAGGCGGACUGCAGCGGCUUCAAGUACCAGGUUGAGGUGCGAAACAUCAGCAAGAAGAUAAACGACCUGAAGGACCAGCUGGAGUCGAUCAACACGAUGCUCGACCCGAAGGAGAACUGCUUUCUGCGCUUUGAGCACCUGCACAACUCGGCCAUUGAGAGCAUUGAGAAGUGCGUGAACAGCUUCGGCAGCAUUCGCACCAGCAACACCUUUCCCUCGCUGUGCAUGGCCACCGUCGGGCGCUGUUCGGCGCAUCUGCGCUCCUGUGCGUACGUCGUCACCUACGACUACAACGGCCAGAGGCAGAAGUUUGGCGGCGAUCCGCUGGCGGUGACGCUGCUGCACGACCAGUCGCAGCAGAGCGUCCCCUGGCAGGUGAACGACAACCGCGACGGCACCUACGAGGUCCAGUUCGUGCCCCCGCUCGCCGGCACCUACACCCUGCGCAUCAGCAUCUUCGGGCGGCAGAUCAAGAGCUACCCGCUGCAGUUUGAGGUCUCGGAGAGCAUCAACCCGCUGUGCAUCUACGGCUGCAAGGGCUCCGACGUGCACCAGUUUCUGCAGCCCACUAGUCUCGCCAUCGACGACACCGACGGCUCCGUCUACGUCCUCGACACCGGCAACGGGCGCAUCAAGAAGCUGCUGCAGAACCAGUGCAAUAACUCGCCCUUUCGACUCAUCGACCACAUCGAGGGCGGCGGGCUGGAGAACCGGGCCGCCACCGGCAUCGCCCACUGCCGCCAAUCUCACUCUCUACUAGUCACCAACUGGCGCAACCGAGACGUCAAGCGGUACAGCUGUGAUGGCCAGUUCCUCGGCAAGUUCGGCCACGAGGACCUGCUCGAGCCGACGUGCAUCGCCGUCAGCCACUCUGGUCAGAUUUUGGUCGCCGACAACGGCUCCAACUGUCUCUUUCUCUUCAACGCCAGCGGAAAGCUGCUCCUGAAGAUCAACGAUAAGAAGGAUAAGACGAAGGGCAGUGCCGUGCAGAAGUGGCCGCUGCUCGGUGUCAUCGGCGGCAUCUGCUUCAACCCUGCCACGGAGGAGAUAAUCGUCGCCGAUACUCGAAUCAACGUCUUCUCCGCCUCUACGGGUCUCUUUCAACGGCAGCUUUACGCGGAGAGCAGCAACAAUAACGGCCGAGGCAAAGGGCACUACUGCGGCGUGACCAUGGACAACAAUGGAAACGUCUUGGCGACGCGCGUCGAUAAGAGUCGCAACGUCGUCCAGGUGAUAGACUACGAUUCAGGUCAGCUCAAGUUUGUCAUUGACAGCAACGAUGCCAAGCUGAAGCGACCCAGCUGCCUGGCAACGACAAAUGAUGAUCACGUGAUUGUCGUAGAUCUGGGCAAUGACUGCAUCAAAAAGUAUCGCUACGGAUAA